AGUUUGUUAUAUAAAGUACCGAGACCCCUCAAGUGUUGGUGUGGCGCAACAUCUCACCAACACUGUGUUUAUUGACAGAGCUUUGAUAGUGGUUCCCUGUGCAGAAGAUGACUAGACUGGCCCAGCUGUUACACUACACUAGCCUGAGUCAGGCAUUGUUUUCCAAGCCACUAUCCCCGAUCGGGCCAACGCAGCCUUCAAGGGGGGGAUGUGACCCGGAGAAUAGCCCGCAGAACCUUCCAAGAUGGACACCUUGUCUCUUUUUUUUUUUUUUUUUUUUACUUUAUUUUUAUUUUGUUUUCGGUUUGUUUCCUUUUCAUACUAUCCCAUGUUGUCCACUCUCUACUGUCUCUAUCUAGAAACUUGCAGGUUGUGUUUGUAUUUUUUUUUUUUUUGUUUUGUUUGUUUGUUAUUUUGAUUAUUGUCCAACCCCCCCAAUUCCCUCUCUCUUUCCGCUACAGCUGGAGCUUGUGUGUGGUUGAAUUCAGUCCAGGUUGCUACGGCACACCGGUGGGAUGUGUGCCACACAAAAGAUGCUAUGAGGAUCACUAACUCUUUUGUUCUCUUGUCUCCUACGUCUGUUGACGUAGUGAAGGGCUAGUCUGUGUGGAAAAAUGAUGCAGCCAUUGGGGGUUGUCUUGUGUUGCACAUCUUUCCAACACUGCGAAACGAUCGCCCCCCUGUCCCCCCCGCGGAAAAGCGCCCAUGCUUGAUAUCGUAUGGUUCAUGACCAAUAUGUUUCCAGUACAGGGAAGAUCCCAGAGGAGGCCAAGGCUCUGUCGCUGUUGGCGCCUGCCGCCCCGGUACCCAGUCUGAUCCCAGGCGGAGGAUUGCUGCCGAUUCCCACGCCGGCCCCACUCCAGAACCUGAACCUCCCUCUAGUGAGUCGGAUCACAGCGGGCCUCGACGCCACAGCCUCUGCGCUCUCUCAGCCUCCCCUCAUCGGCAAUGUCGACCCAACGAAAAUUGAUGAGAUCAGGAGGACGGUUUAUGUUGGAAACCUAAACUCACAGACCACCACUGCAGAGCAGCUGCUGGAGUUCUUCAAGCAGGUGGGAGACGUGAAGUUUGUCCGGAUGGCCGGAGACGAGACUCAGCCGACCCGCUUCGCCUUCGUAGAGUUUGUGGAGCAGGACUCUGUGGCCAGAGCCCUCACUUUAAACGGAGUCAUGUUUGGAGACAGACCCCUGAAGGUCAAUCAUUCCAAUAAUGCCAUAGUGAAGCCCCCUGAGCUGACGCCACAGGCUGCUGCUAAGGAGCUGGAGAGUGUGAUGAAGAGGGUGAGGGAGGCCCAGUCCACCAUUGCUGCUGCCAUAGAGCCAGCGACAAAGACGCGUUCCUCCAGCCGCUCCCAAAGGUCGCGGCGGUCCCGCUCCCGGACGCGCUCUCGUUCCCACUCGAGAUCACGGAGGAAAAGGUCCCGCUCCAAACACGGACCGACACAAAGGUCUUUUCCUGGCAGUGACGCCCACAGUUCAAGGAGCGGCCACAAGAGGCGCUCUCGUUCCAGAGACAGGAGACAUGCCAGGAGUCGCUCCAGAGGGCACAAAAGGAGAAGCAAAGAUCGGUCCAGAAGCCCUCGAAGGAAAGCAAGAUCACCUUCACCAAAACGAAGCAAACGGGAGAAGAGGAGGGAGCGCAGCAGAGACAGGAAGGAGCGCUCCACGUCCAGGAAGAGAAGCCGCAAAGACGAGGAGCGGAUAAAGAGCAAAUCCAAGACAACCAAGGACUACAAAAGGGAAGAAAAGGCGGCGUACGGGAGCGACAGAGAAGACUCGGCCACUCCGUGUGACAACAUGACAUCAUCGCCGCGCGCCCAGCACAACGGGAGCUACAAAACUCACAGAGAGGAGGCCGCGUUCCUGGGACGCAACGCCACCAAGUGAGCGGCCGGCGCGCCCGCCUCCCUCGCCGCCUCCCUCGCCGCCUCCCACCACCUGUCGCCUCAUCACGAGUCUCUUCCGUUUCGCGUUACGAACUCCCGCUGCAAACCCGAGGAUUCUGACGUCGAGCUCAUUUUCCUGCCUGGAGGACAGGAGAGACGGUGCUUCAACACAACCUUCCAGGACAAAAGCACGCCGGCGUCAUCCCGACGGCGGCGCUCGCUUCAAAGCGGUCCCGGCAGACGACGCGGCGUCGCCGGGAGAAAAAAACGAAACCCUCGUCAAAGCUGCUGAGACCGACCGACGCGUCUGGAAACCCGGAGCCAACCGGAGAGGGGAUCGGGCCGCGGUCAAGAUUGUUCGGUAAAACUCCAUUCUCAGUACAUCAACCCUUUCCUCAAAAUAAAUUCCUCCUCAGUAACAGUGAAAAUACUAAUUAUGAAAAUAGGAAACGUGAUCUAAUUGUUUUUAUAUGAGCCAACAUUUGGUUAGAAACAGUGUUACCCUGGCAACAGCGAUGGCUGGAACUCAUCUAUAGUUUCCGAAUCGUUUUUCUUUCCAUGUUUACAAAAAUCCAAACUGCUAUUUUUUUCAAAGUAUUAAAAAACACAAACAAACCCAAAAAAAAUAAAAAAAUUAAAAAAUUUAAAAAAAAAAGUAUUUGAGCCAGCUGACUGGCAGUGUGCAGGACUUUCACUGUAAGCUCCAAACACUGUCAGGAAACUUUGAGCGGUGAUAUUUAAAAUCCAUUUUUGGACCCUGAUGGCAGUAACUCCUCAAAACCACAUGUGCAGCAGGAAUCUGCUUAAGUCAUAAAAACUGUAUAUCGACUAUUGUCUUAAUUAUUUAUUUAGUCAAUAAAUGUGAGUGGGAUCAUAAAGGGGCAAGAGGUAUUUUGAUAUAAAAACAAAACUAAAAAAAAAAACUAAAAACUUUUAUAUCUGCAAGUACAAAAACUGGAUCAAUUUGGUGAAUCAAAACAAUAAAAAUAUGUAGGUUUUUUUUUGUGUGUGUUUGGCCUUUUUUAAUAUAUAGUUUUAAUUAGAAUCAAUAGCGAGUAGUUUCUCCAGAACUUUUGCUAUAUAUUGUGUGUUGUGUCAAAUAUUUGUCAGGAAUCCACACUUAAAUUUUAAAGCUACUAAAUCUAAAAACAAAUCCAUUGACAUUAACAACUUUAAUCUCAUUUCAGCUGAUAUUUCUUUUUUAAGUGAUUAUUUAAAGGUGAGAAGUGAAAGAAUGGUUUGAUCCAGAACUUUUCUGAGCACAACAAAAGAAGACGUGCAAAAUUGUGAAAUAAAUCCCCCCCAAAAAAACUUAAUUUCACUAAAAACGACCCACUUUUACCAUAAAUGUUAAAUAUUAAAUAAAUAAGCAGCAGAAAUUGGUGCAGCUGCUGUUUCAGAGAAGCAGCUAAAUGCUUCUCUAGCGAGUGUUGAGGAUCUUCCUGUUCCUGUAAGGACAUAGAAAUGGACUGAAGACGUUUUCUACAAGGUUGAAGGAAACGGGUUUCUACACAUUCUCAAGUGCUUCUUUAACUUUUUUCUUGUUUGUGGACAGUUGAGAGAAUUUCUGUCUUGAGGUUUGUGAAGUGUCCUUUUGUCCAUCCAGGAUUCCUGUUGUCCUUCAUUAUUACUGAAUAAAAACUCAGAGAGCCAUAAUUAUGAGACGGUGAGUUGUUGCAGAUGUUUGUCCCAACCUUUGUCUGGACGUCGGCCUCAUUCGCAUAGGCGUCAUUACAUCAAUUUCUGUUGCCACAGCAACAUUUCGGUGUACCACGUUUUAUUUUUCUUCCAUCGUAAUGCUGCGGGAUGAAAUAUUCUCAGUACACAUGAUGACUGUGUGAAGAAAGUUUACGGGCCGAUUUAUUUUUUGGGCAAAUGGGGAAAAUAAGCUGAAAUCUUGUAGGUCAACCAACCGUACGGAAGCACAGAAGGGUCAAAAAGUGCCUAGACCACGAUUGUACAGUAAACAAAAUAUGGAGACUCAUUUGGAUGUUUUACGAAUAAAACUAAUAAGAUCUUAUAUUAAAAUAUUGUGGGCUGUCGGAAUAGACUAAAUGUUCAUGGGAUGUUUUAUCCUUUUAUUCUGUGACUUAAUGUGCUGCAGUAGUUAUGAGUAUGCUCUUUGAAAAAUGGUGGCAAAACAGCAACAGAUCCAGUUCCUAAUUUGAAAAAGUUUACGUCUUUCUUUUUUUUCUCAACACAUCUGUCAGAAGUAAUGAGCUUCAGAUGUCAGAAUUAAAUCGUUUCAAGCUCAUCUGCCAAUAUGUGAACGUGGACUUUAUUACUUUUUUUAUGUGCUCAUCUUAGCCACAGUCGAGAGGAUGGGACAUAACGGUUCAGCAAAGUAGUUUAUGAAAUAUUGGGAUGUAUGUACAUAUUACUCUUUGGUUUGAACCUGAGAUAUGUUUUAUUUGAUUGCAAAAGCUCUCAAUAAAGAGACUUUCCACUCGGC